UUGAAGGCGAUAAGAUGCACCCUCACGCAGCGGAAUAUAUACUCAACCAACAGUCUCCACAGAGUCCACUUUCUCUCUCAUCAUUCUGUUAGAUAUUUUCUGUUCAAUUCAUCCAUCUGUUGUUACAUUUUCUCUUCAAUUGAUUCAUCGAUCUGCAAUGGAUCCAAACCCUAACAAGUUUCCAAUCCUAUCGUAUGUGAUGGCGAAGUUACCUAGCGUCAGUCGUGCUUCUCACUCGCCGGAAUUCGACAUCGAACAACCACCGCCACCGCCACCGGCGGAUCAAUCCUCGCCGGAACCGGUUUUUGAACUCACCGAACGCAUGCCGUACUUAAACGAUCCGGAACUCAUCGCGUCGAUGCGUGCAGCCGUUGAAGACGUUUCGCGAACUCGAUCUGUUCUCAAAACCCUAGGUGACUGUCCGGAUCAUGAGUUUGUUGAUAUCGCUAGAUCUAGACUUGCGGAGAUUGAAGAACUUGCGGUGAAUCGGGAUCAGGAGGUUGCGGUGGAGGUGGAGAGGGAGAGGGAGAGACAGUCGUAUGUGGCGGUGAUUCGGUUGUAUGAGAUGCAUGAAAACUAUGAGAAGUUGUUGAGUGAGGCGGAGAAGAGGCUGGAGAAGCUGUAUGAGGCGGCGAAGAAAGGAGGGAAGGCGGUUGCGGUUGAAGAAGGGAGUAGUGGUGAGGUUAUGGUUGAGGACGGUGUUAGGGAUGAGCUGGCUGCGGUUUUGCAGGAUGCGUUUGCGAAGAAUGUUGAGAGGAUUGAUUUGUCGCAGAGGCGGUUGCCUGUUCUUCCAGAAGCGUUUGGGAAGCUUAGUAUGUUGGUUUCGCUUAAUCUGUCGUCAAAUCAACUUGAGGCCAUUCCCGAUUCAAUUGCUGGACUUGAGAAUCUUGAGGAGCUUUAUGUUUCUUCCAAUCUUUUGGAAUCAUUACCAGAUUCAAUUGGCUUAUUGCUGAAACUCAAGAUUCUAGAUGUUUCUAGCAACAAGCUAACGUCCUUGCCCGACAGCAUUUGUCACUGCAGGUCACUAGUAGAACUUGAUGCGAGCUUCAAUAAGCUAACAUACCUACCCACCAAUAUCGGGUAUGAACUCGUUAAUCUAAAGAAACUUUCAGUCCCUUUAAACAAGCUCCGUUCACUUCCCACAUCAAUAGGAGAAAUGAAAUCACUUCAGUUUCUUGAUGCCCACUUCAACGAACUCCGGACCCUAUCGCCAUCCAUCGGCCGUCUUUCAAAUCUCGAGAUUCUUAACCUGAGUGGUAAUUUCAGUGACCUUACAUCACUUCCCGUCACAAUCGGUGAUCUAACCAACCUCAAAGAACUCGACAUCAGUAACAAUCAGAUUCAUGAACUUCCCGCCACCUUUGGCCGCCUCGAGAAGCUCGAAAAACUCAACGUGGAGGAGAACCCAAUGGUGGUGCCGCCUAGAGAAGUGGUGAACGACGGGGUGGAAGCGGUGAAGAUGUUCAUGGCUAAGAGGUGGCUUGAUUUGUUAUUGGAGGAAGAAGAGAAAAGCAAGCGUGUUGAGAAUGAGCCGGCACAAGGUGGUUGGUUGACUCGUAGCACCUCGUGGUUGUCCAAUGUGGCGGGAAGCGUUGGCGGAUAUUUGGGUGGUGGAGGGAGCACAACGGUCGCAGACCCUUAUCUCAAUCAGCAACUAUGAUUAGGUUAUAGCAAACUUUUCUUACAUUGAAGAUAAAAAGUUUUUUUCCUUUUUACUAUGUGCGCUUUUCACUUCGACAACCUGAAAACAUGUUAAAACGGGUUUUGACCAAAAUAAGCUGGCUUCGUUUUAGAUAAAAAGUAUCGGAUUGGAUACAUGUCUUUUUUACGACGGCUAGUGACUAAACUUGAAUUUGAUUGUGUAUAAUGAAAUCCAGAUGACAUUAUAGUGGGUAUAUUGACUAGAAAAACCUAUACUAUAUCAAAAUCUGGUAAUAUAUUCUUUCAA